CGAUCAUCCGGGCCCCACUUGCGGAAAGCCAAUACUUAAAGCCACGAGUAUCACGACUCUUCUGACUAUUCCUCCAGCAGCAUCGGUCAGUGGACCCCGGAUAAGUGUCUCUCAUACGAGAACACGGGAUCAGAGCAAGGAUAGUCCAAAAAAAUCGUCCGGUUUUUUUCACGAAAUAUCCUCAGAAUAAACUCCUCUUGAACAAUUUAAUCAAUGAUGAAUUAAUCAAUUAGAAAAAAUAAAAAUCGUGAAGUGAAAACCAAAGGUUUAUACACGAAGGCGUUGAAAACUCGGUAUUUUCCAUCGUAGUUCCGAUAAAGAACAAACUCAUUUGUGUUAUCCGCGCACGUUACCACGAAUUCGUGAUAUUCGCUCGACGCAACAAGAUUACAGUUCACGCUUAAGGACCAAUGUACAGGAAGAUCGAAGUCGAUUAAAGUGACCCAAUUUCCCUGAGUGCGUCGUAGGAAACGCGCACCUUCGGCAAUAUCAUGACCACGUUUUGGCGGUUAAUCCACCCGGGUGUGUGAUCCACGAGAAAAACCUAUUUAAAUCUAAACACGUGGCAGCCAUAAUAAAAUUUUCCCACGUGAACGGAUGAAGAAUGAAUAUGCCCACAUCGACAAAUCUUUGUCGAUGGUUCAAUAAGAAAUCAAAUAAAAACCAAUAAGAAGGAAGGAGUUGUAGAAAAAGGAGGUUGAAAGUGAUGUCCCGUUGGCUGAUCGUCGUGCUCGACGAUUCAAACGAAUGAUACGUCGCGAAAAAAGAAGAAUACCCAAGGAGAGAAAAAAACGGCCACAACGCUUGUUUCUGAGGAAUCUCACGGCGGCGACCAAGACCAUCAUCGGGCACGAGAUACACCACACGAUGAAGUCUUUCAAAGUGGAACUUUGAGAGAAAGGUGACGGAAAAGAGAGACCGCCCGGGGGAGCCGCGUGCGUACGAUUUGAAGAGAAUUCUCCUGCCACUGAAAGAAGACUCUUUCGUCGUGGUCGUUUUCUCCACCUCAGAAGUGCCCAUUUGUCCGUUUUCAAUUGCUACGCGAUCUUGAACUGCCCAUCAACAAGUACGAUAUAAUGACGUCGGCAGCUGCAGAAUUGGUGGUUGCACGAAAACCGGAGCUAUUACUCGAGCUCCAAGAUUCGAACAGGACAUUCGUCGGUGCAGAAGGUCUAGUUCGUAUGGCACUUGACCAAUAUACUGAAAUACUCGCGACAGCUUCCGACCCACGUGUCAGCGAUUGGCCUCUCAUGGAUUCGCCAGUACCGGUCAUUUUCAUCGUCGCUCUUUACCUGUACACCGUUACGCUUCUCGGGCCCAGAGUAAUGGUGAAUCAAAAACCAUUUCAUCUAAGGAGUAUCCUCGUGGCUUACAAUGCCCUUCAAGUACUAUUCUCAUUGGGGAUGCUCUACGAGCAUCUCAUGUCCGGCUGGUUGCUCGAUUACAGCUACAAAUGUCAGCCUGUCGACUACACGCACAACCCAAGUGCCAUGAGGAUGGCCAAUCUAUGCUGGUGGUACUUUAUCAGCAAAUUUACAGAAUUUGCUGACACGAUAUUCUUCGUCCUACGCAAGAAAGACCGGCAAGUUACGUUUUUGCAUCUGUACCAUCACUCACUGACCCCCCUCGAGACGUGGAUAUGCGUCAAGUUUAUUGCUGGUGGCCACGGAACUCUCGGCAAUCUCAUCAACAACGCAGUCCACGUAGUCAUGUAUGUGUAUUACAUGCUCUCGGCAAUGGGGCCGGAGUACCAGAAAUAUAUAUGGUGGAAGAAACAUUUGACCACGGUACAAUUGGUCCAAUUUUUCCUCGUGUUCAUUCACAGCGCACAGGCUCUGAUAUUCCCUUGCGGUUAUCCUAAACUCAUCGCGUCUCUACUGAUGCUUCAUUCGAUAAUAUUCUUCCUCCUUUUCCUAGAUUUCUAUCAACGCUCGUAUCAAAGAUUACGCGAAAUACGAGCUAAGCAAAUCAAGGGCGAAUGAGCCACGAAGUAGGACUUUGAAAAAAAACGAAUUCCAAAAUUACAGACUUCAGAAGAAAACACGAGAAGAGCGCCUACUGGAAUCUCCGAGUAAAUCGGAGUGACUUCGAAACGAUGCCGGAGAAGGAGAAUUAAUGAACGAAGAGAAAACCUCGGAUUCUAGUAAUACGAGAAAUCGAAUCCCUGUCACGGGCAAAUGGUUUAUUCGUAUCUCUCUCGGAGGUAACUUGUAACCUCGAGAAGCAAUUUUAAUGAAAUCGAUUAAAAUUGCAUCGUCGAUUCGACCGCAUCCCAUUUUUAUUGAAAUCCCGAAACAAGGGAUCGACCUUUCGGUCGAAAACAAAUAUUGUACGCGUCUCCGAACGAAAAUUUUAAAGCCUCGAUCCUUUGCGCGAAUGAUCUCGGUGUCCCAUCGCCGAAGCGAUUCCUUCAAACCUUCUCGUCUUCUCAGUCGAACCGAACUGUCGACUCCUCGAAAUACGAGUAACAAUUCCUGUAGAAUAAUUUUAUUUGUAAAUAUAAGAAAAAGUGGUGUAACUUCAACACUCGCGGGCGAUCAUUCGAGUGGAGUGAAGCAUCGAUCCCGCGUUUCGACACGCGGAGUGAUCCUGAAUUUUCUACAUCAUCUUAUAAGAAUAGAUAUAACGUAAUCUUAUUUAUAAAUUAAAACGAAUAAAAAACGCUACGAACGUUCCCGAAAAACUCGCUUUUUCGAACGUUUCGACUUUUCACUUCGACCCGAGGAAUUCCCUGGAGUUUGACACUCAGCAGGAGUUACCACGUAUCUGUCUUGAGGGAAAAACUAUCGGAAAUCAUUUGAAAAUAAAAUACUACUAAAUUCUGA